GUAAAAGUGACGUCAGCGAAGGACAAAUUGAUCAAGCUCGAGGACGUCCGGCCUCUGUGAGCCGCCGGCAGCUGAGCGGAGGCGCCAUUUUAAGACGCACGGAGAGAACAACUCACCUGCCGCCCCGACCACAUCAUGUACCCGACCACCCUGACACAGCUGGCCCGGGCCAACCCGUUCUGCGCCCCGCUCUUCACGCUGCAGAAAGCCGAGGAGCCCCGACACAGCCCCGCCGAGCAGGGACACAGCCGGCGCCGGCUGGCAGCCGCCGCGGUCAGCGAUGAAGUCAGCUGUGAUUUUGGGUCUAUGAAAUACUAUGCACUGUGUGGUUUUGGAGGAAUCCUGAGUUGCGGAAUCACACACACAGCUGUUGUGCCCUUGGAUUUAGUGAAAUGCCGUCUGCAGGUGAAUCCCGACAAGUACAAGAGCAUUUUCAAAGGUUUCUCCAUCACAGUCCGCGAGGAUGGGAUGAGGGGUCUGGCCAAGGGCUGGGCUCCCACCUUCAUCGGCUACUCCAUGCAAGGGCUGUGCAAGUUCGGCUUUUAUGAGGUCUUCAAAAUCUUUUACAGCAACCUGAUGGGUGAGGAAAAUACGUACAUGUGGAGGACGUCUCUGUACCUGGCCGCGUCCGCCAGCGCGGAGUUCUUCGCGGACAUCGCUCUGGCUCCGAUGGAGGCCGUGAAGGUCCGUAUCCAGACCCAGCCUGGCUAUGCCAACACCCUGAGGGAGUGCGUCCCCAAGAUGUAUGCUGAGGAAGGACUCUGGGCCUUCUACAAGGGGGUGGUGCCGCUGUGGAUGAGGCAGAUCCCAUACACCAUGAUGAAGUUCGCCUGCUUUGAGCGCACGGUGGAGGCCCUGUACAAGUUCGUGGUGCCCAAACCACGCAGCGAGUGCUCCAAGUCCGAGCAGCUGGUCGUCACGUUUGUGGCUGGUUACAUCGCUGGUGUGUUCUGUGCGAUCGUGUCUCACCCUGCUGACUCCGUGGUGUCGGUGCUGAACAAGGAGAAGGGAAGCACAGCCCUGCAGGUGCUGAAGAGGCUGGGCCUGAGAGGCGUGUGGAAGGGCCUGGUGGCCCGUAUCAUCAUGAUCGGCACGCUGACGGCCCUGCAGUGGUUCAUCUACGACUCGGUGAAGGUCUACUUCAGGCUGCCCCGCCCCCCUCCCCCCGAGAUGCCCGAGUCCCUGAAGAAGAAGCUGGGCCUGGCAGAGUGAAGGCUGCCCACCAGCGUGACAGCUCUGCCGCGGCACAGAUCUCCGUUUUAUAUAUUUAACAGUACAACAACAAACAGUCCGUGGCCGAAUGGGUCUGACGCGGUCUAGAUGUGUGUGUGAUUGUGUGGGGAAAGGGGUCAAUGAGCCGAGGGACAGUGGCGUGGGGGCGGACAGACCCAGGAACGUGGUUUGGUUUUAUCAACUCCUGUCUUUAGUUUUUGUGGAUAUAAUAAUUAAAAGACAAACCUGGACACCUACUACAUUUGAUUUUUUUUUUAAUUAAGGAUUUUCAGUUUUGGGUGCAAUUCAACUGUUCCCUCACUUCUUGUUUUUAAAAUUCACCUGAAUAGAACUGAUCUCAUCAGCAAUGUUUAAAUUACUGCUAUAAAGAUUUGAGGAGUGCUUCACCAUGCAAUAAAGCAGGUCUUUCAGUCAGUUCACAAUUGUAUUGAAUGCAACUUGAAGUCCGAAAUACACUGUUGUCCCCUCAGAACUUCAGAAAAACGAAUAUAAAGUGAAUUUGGCUUGAGAAAUA